GGCGGAUUCUGGGACAGUGGCGGUGCAGCUUCGUUUCUCGACUUUGAGCGUUGGGGAUCGCAGGCUGGCCGUUGGACAAACAAAACGCUCAGAAGAAACGCUCGUCGGAGAAUCUCUUUCCCUGACGUCCAUAGCUCCAUACUUUGUACAGCCCUAGUUGCUAGUGAGAGACCCGACUGCACCGCAGCGCACCGCAGCGCAGCGCUGCGUGACUGUUAAUUAAGGAGGAGGGGCCACCCAGAGAGCCGCCUCUUCUCUUCCCGGAAUGGCCGCACAGUCGGCACUGUCAGGCCUGGUGGCCUUCCUGUGCGCCUUUGUUGGCUGGGCGCAGGUUAGCAUCCGCGGCCCUAUCGACGACCCCAAUCCCGUGCGCAAGCUGCAGACCAACACCUACCCGGCAGAAGGGCUCAAGGAGCAGUACGCCACCCUCAAGUAUGCGCACGAGGCGCACGCCGACUGGCCGCGGAACCUGAACGUCCUGCCGGCCAAGGACAUGGCCCUGGAGGCCGAGGUGAAGCGCAUCGUGGACUCGAUGACCCUGGAGGCCAAGAUUGCACAGAUGGUGCAGGUGGGCAUUCCUGAGACGGACGUCGCCAGCAUCACUGCCGAGCGGGGCUGGAGUGUGGGCAACCUGCUCAGCGGGCCAGGUGUGCAGUGUGGGCGGGGCGGGGAAUAUUGUGAGUCCAGUCAGUCAAAACGUGUGUCGUUCCAUUUACUUAUCGUCGCUCAGGUGCGCAGAUUGGUACUCACCAGCCGUACGAGUGGCUGAACCAGGCGGAGGUGUUGCUCAACACAUCGGCCUACCAGGCCGGCGUCAAAAUCCCAUACAUCUGGGGCAUGGGUACGCGCCGACAUUCAGCGACACACACAAGGCGGGGCUGGCCCCCUCUGGAUGGACACGUGUUGACCUGCGCUGUGCCCUGUGUGUGUGUGUGUGUGUGUGUGUGUGCUGGUGGUCCCUUCCAGACGCCAUCCACGGCCACAACAACCAGGUAGGUCUCCGGGGGGGAGGGGGCGAGCACAGCACUGUGUGAUUCACACGUCACCAUGCCGUGUGUCAUAUUUGCUGAUUGUUCCUCGUUCGUUUGCCAACAGCCCACGGGUGUCAUUUUCCCCCACAACAUCGGUCUGGGAGCCGCCAACGACACCGAGCUCAUGAAGAAGUAACCCCACUCACCCACCCACACAAGCCACACACAGAGCACCUUCACCUGUUCCCUCCCCCCUGUGCGUGCGUGUGUCCGUGUCGUGUGUGUCAGGAUUGGUGAGAUCACAGCGAUUCAGUUGAACCUGGUGGGUGUGGACUGGGCGUUCGCCCCCUGUGUGGCCAACCCCCAGCUCCUGCGGUGGGGCCGCGUCUACGAGGGCUACGCCGCACACCCAGAGACCAUCCGCAGGCUCAGCAAAGCCAUGAUCCUCGGCCUCCAGGGCGACCCCAGGGACAACUCCUACCUCAACGCCAGCCACGUGCUCGCAUCCAUCAAGCACUGGAUCGGCGAUGGUGCCACUGAGGAGGGCAUCGACGCCGGCGACACCUUCCUGCCUGAGGACAAGCUCAUCAAGGAACACGCCCUGCCCUACUUCGACGCCAUCGAGAACGGCGUGGCCACUGUCAUGGUGAGUGGAGUUGAGGAGACCCCUCUCCCGCCAAGACAGGCGCGACACCCCACCCCACCCCACUGAGUGUGUGUGACGACUGGCUGGCAGGUGAGUUUCUCGCGAUACAACGGUACCAAGAUGCAUGGGCAUGAGUACCUGCUCAAGACGGUCCUCAAGGAGACGCUGGGCUUCGACGGCAUCGUCAUCAGCGACUUCGAGGGGCACCAGCACGUCGACGGAUGUGACAGGUGGCACUGCGCACAGGCCGUCAAUGCAGGUAGGUAGAUAUGCAUCCAAGCGACGAGACAGACAUUCCUGCUUGCAGCACCACCCACUGUCUGUCCAUCUGUCCGUCUGUGUGUGUGUUUGUCUUGUCUGUCAGGGCUGGAUGUGUUCAUGGUCGCGUGGGGUGACGACUGGGAUCACUUCUCGCGUAACACCGCCGAGCAGGUCCGCAACGGCACCAUCCCCGAGGAGCGCAUCAACGACGCCGCCACCCGCAUCAUCCGCACCAAGGCGCGGCUCGGACUUAUCGACACCGUACACAGACCCGCCGGCCCGCGACCCAGCCCAUGGCAACGGGCAGACCACCUCGCACAGGAGGGUAUGUAUGUCUGUGUGGUCGGGCGGGCGGACGGGUGUGCAAGCACACACCACGACCUUGGGGCUGUGUGUGUGUGUGUGUGUGUGCAGGCCACUACUUCGGUGCCCCCGAGCACCGGGCGAUUGGCCGCGAGGCGGUGUCCAAGUCGCUGGUGAUGCUCAAGAACAACGGCCUGGUGCUGCCCCUCGACUCGUCCAUGCGGGUGGCCGUCGUGGGCCGCGGCGGAAACAGCAUCGCUCUGCAGUGCGGUGGGUGGACCGUUGACUGGCUGGGCUCCAAGGAAAACCCCAAUGAGAUGUUCGGCGACGCCACGACCAUCUAUGGCGGCAUCGCCGAGAAGGGCGUCCAGGUGGACUACUCGUUCAACGGCACCGAGGGGCUCAGUGGCGACUACGACGCAAUCAUCGUGGUCUGCGCCGAGAAUCCCUAUUCUGAGGUGGAGGGCGACAUCCGCAUCAACACGACCAUCUCCUUUGCGCACAUGGGCGAGGGCGACGGCUGGUACGACCUGAGCGUGCUUGAGGCCAUGAGGCAGCAGCACCCCAACAGCAAGAUCAUCACGGUCUUCAUCUCCGGCCGGCCGCUCUACACCAACCGACUGAUCAACCUCAGCGACGCAUUUGUCGUCGCAUGGCUGCCCGGCACCGAGGGCGGCGGCAUCGCAGACGUCCUCUUCGGCGAGAAGAACAUGACCGGCAAGCUGCCCUUCGACUGGCCGACCGACCCCUGCGACGCCAGCACCAACAGCGGCAACUACGGCGGCAUCUGGCACAUCGGCGGAGGGCUGACGUACGGCUACGACCGGACCAUGGAGACCUUGACGGAGCACCGGAUCGACAGCUACUUCCUCUGCGAGAAGUACAAGUCCAGCCUGAUCCAGUACACCACCUCCCCGCCAGUAGAGGAGGAGCAGGAGGAGCAGGGCGGCUGGGAUGGGCAGUGGAACGACGGGCAGUGGAACUAACUGAGCCAAGCCGGGUGUCGCCUGUCGUUUGUCGUGUGUCUCGUCUUUCGUGUGUCGUUUCGUUUGGUAUCGUGUCGCUGUGGAUGAUGAGAUGGCUGGGGUGGUUGUCUGGUGAUGGAUGUCUCAGUCGCUUCGGGUGUGUGGAGGGGGAGGGGGAGGGGGAGGGGAGAGAGAGGAGUGAGAUGCGACGGACGGCAGCGAGAGAGGGGGAGAGUGGGGCGAUCGAAGGCAGGCUCUGUCUCCUUUCGCGUCGGAUUUUCGCUCUAGUAUGUCCAUCCAUCCAUCCUUCCCAACACAUACUCACCACACAUUCACCACACACCACCAUCCAUCCAUCCACUCAUUCCAAUCCACCGUCUGUCUGGCUGCCUACCUGACUUAUUUUGGAUGUCUGUCUGCAUGGAAUUUCGCGCCGCCACGGAGGCCAGGGACGGAGGGGGGGCGGGGAAAGAGUGACGGCCACGCCCCCCUGCCUCUUCUCUGUGUCUCUGUCUCUGUCUCUGCCCCAUCAAUCUGCAUCAUCUGACGCCUACCUGCCCUGCAUGGGUUUUGUUUAUCGCUCUGGAUGUGUGCUAUGCCUGCUACGCUUUGGAUAAAUGUAUUUAGGGGGGUCAGGGGGGAGGGAGGAGGGUGCGUAAGUGUAUCCAGACGUAGACGUCUAGACGUGUGUGCGUGUGUGUGUGUUUCUCAUGGGGAGGGGGGGUCUUGUUGCUCGCGUGUGUGGUGUGGUGUGGUGUGGUGCAGCAGGGCAUAGUGUGUGAAGAUAUCGCAUCGCACGCGUCCAUCCUCCAUCAUUCAUUCAAUGAAUGCAUCGAAUUGUGUGGUCGUUGAGAGAGCUCGAGGAGCGCAAUGAGUGAAAUGAAUGGCGGUGUGGUGUCUAUCCUGGUGUGGAUGGUGUGGAUGGCAGGCAUGUGAGGCGCAUGAGGUGAGAUGAUUGAUAUGGGGCCUAUACCUCCUACAUUUAUAAGUCUUGUGCGUGGAAGACUAAGAC